AUGGCGAAUAUAGACAUGGAAGGUAUCAUGAAGGAGGCACCAUCCGACGUGCGCAUCCCCAAGACAAAGAUCGUGUGCACCCUCGGACCCGCCUCCCGAUCAGUCCCAAUGCUCGAGAAGCUCCUCCGUGCCGGAAUGAACGUCGCUAGAUUCAACUUCUCACAUGGGUCCCACGAAUAUCACCAGGAGACCCUCGACAAUCUAAAGAUCGCCAUGCACAACACUCAAAUCCUCUGUGCCGUCAUGCUCGACACAAAGGGACCCGAGAUACGAACUGGUUUCUUGAAAGAUGGGAAACCCAUUCAGCUCAAGGAAGGCCAUGAAAUCACUGUGACGACCGAUUACACUAUAAAGGGUGACGAGGAAAUGAUCUCGAUGAGCUACAAGAAGUUGCCGGUCGACUUGAAACCGGGGAAUACAAUUCUCUGUGCGGAUGGUACAAUCACGCUUACUGUUCUCUCGUGCGAUCCGGCUGGUGGGACCGUGAGGUGCCGUUGCCAGAACACAGCUAUGUUGGGCGAGAGGAAAAAUGUUAACUUGCCGGGUGUGGUGGUGGACCUCCCGACACUUACGGAUAAGGACAAAGAGGAUAUUUUGGAGUGGGGUGUCCCGAAUAAUAUCGACAUGAUUGCUCUCUCUUUCGUGCGUAAAGGGUCUGAUUUGGUGAAUGUGAGAAAGGUUCUCGGUCCGCACGCCAAGCGUAUACAGUUAAUGUCAAAGGUGGAGAACCAGGAAGGCGUGAUCAACUUCGACGACAUCCUUCGCGAGACCGACUCGUUCAUGGUGGCCCGUGGUGACCUCGGCAUGGAAAUCCCAGUCGAGAAGAUCUUCCUUGCCCAGAAAAUGAUGAUUUACAAGUGCAACCUCGCCGGAAAACCCGUCGUCACCGCCACACAGAUGCUCGAGUCGAUGAUCAAAUCUCCCCGGCCCACUCGAGCCGAGGCCACCGACGUGGCCAAUGCAGUCCUCGACGGCACCGAUUGCGUCAUGCUUAGCGGCGAGAGCGCCGCCGGUGCCUUCCCGGAGCUCGCUGUCCGGACGAUGGCCCGCAUUUGUGUCGAGGCCGAGUCAUCACUCGACUAUUCGGCCAUUUUCAAGUCGAUGAUCCGAUCCACUCCGCUCCCCAUGAGCCCACUCGAGUCGUUAGCUUCUUCAGCCGUUCGGGCCGCGAACAAGGCCCAAGCCCGACUCAUCGUUGUGAUGACUCGAGGUGGGACCACGGCUAGGCUCGUCGCGAAGUACCGGCCUGCUGUGCCUGUGCUGUCUGUGGUUGUACCUUUGCUCACGACCGAUUCGUUUGAUUGGUCGGUUAGUGACGAGGGGCCUGCGAGGCAGAGCUUGGUUUACAGGGGAUUGAUUCCGGUGCUGGCAGAAGGGUCGGCUAAGGCUACGGAUGCCGAGUCGACUGAGGUGAUAUUGGGAGGGGCGUUGAAGUAUGCGGCAGGUCGAGGGCUGUAUACUGAGAGACUAAUUGAGUAA